ACGCGAGCCCGGAGGGGCCGGUGCUGCCGCAGCGCCCGCGCCCGUCCCGCACCGGUCCCGCACCGCACCGCACUCCACCGCAGCGCACGGGUUCUCCAGUCCCACCAUGACAUUCAAGCAAGCGUCCAUGAUGGCCCCGGAGGCCACGGCCACCACGAUGCCCAUGGCCACCAUGGAGAACUCCACUGAGGCCGCGGGGACGGGAGAGAGCAAGGAGGACAUGUUUGCCGAUCUGAGGGAGAAGUUCAUGAAUGAGCUCAACAAGAUCCCCUUGCCACCCUGGGCCCUCAUUGCCAUCGCGGUGGUUGCUGGCCUCCUCCUUCUCACCUGCUGCUUCUGCAUCUGCAAGAAGUGCUGCUGCAAGAAGAAGAAGAACAAGAAGGAGAAAGGCAAAGGCAUGAAGAAUGCCAUGAACAUGAAGGACAUGAAGUCGGGCAACCAGGACGAUGACGACGCAGAGACAGGACUGACAGAGGGGGAAGGUGAAGAAGAGGAGAAGGAGCCAGAGAACUUGGGCAAGCUGCAGUUCUCCCUGGAUUAUGACUUCCAGGCAAACCAGUUGACAGUGGGGAUCCUCCAAGCAGCUGAAUUGCCAGCUUUGGACAUGGGGGGCACCUCGGACCCCUACGUCAAGGUGUUCCUGCUCCCCGACAAGAAGAAGAAGUAUGAGACAAAGGUGCAGAAGAAGACGCUCAACCCUGCCUUCAACGAGACCUUCACCUUCAAGGUCCCUUACCAGGAGCUGGGUGGGAAGACGCUGGUGAUGGCCAUCUAUGACUUCGAUCGCUUCUCCAAGCACGACAUCAUUGGUGAGGUGAAGGUGCCCAUGAACACGGUGGAUCUGGGCCAACCCAUCGAGGAGUGGCGGGACCUGCAGAGCGGUGAGAAGGAGGAGCCAGAGAAGCUCGGGGACAUCUGCAUCUCCCUCCGCUAUGUGCCCACGGCCGGCAAGCUCACCGUCUGCAUCCUGGAGGCCAAGAACCUGAAGAAGAUGGAUGUUGGGGGCCUCUCAGAUCCCUAUGUGAAGAUCCACCUGCUGCAGAACGGGAAGAGGUUGAAGAAGAAGAAGACCACAGUUAAGAAGAAGACCUUAAACCCUUACUUCAACGAGUCCUUCAGCUUUGAGAUCCCCUUUGAGCAGAUACAGAAAGUGCAGGUGGUCAUCACGGUGCUGGACUACGACAAGCUGGGCAAGAACGAGGCCAUCGGCAAGAUCUUCACGGGCUUCAACUCCACGGGCACGGAGCUGCGGCACUGGUCUGACAUGCUGGCCAACCCGCGGCGGCCCAUCGCCCAGUGGCACUCACUGAAGCCAGAGGAAGAAGUGGACGCAGCUCUCGGGAAGAACAAAUAGAAGAUCUGCAUCCGGCGCGGCGGACAUUCAAAGCGACCCAGAGCUACCGAUACCUCAUUGCGCAACCUUUGGUUUGGUUUUCUGUUGUCGUCGUCGUUCUGUUUCAAGCUGAAAUACCCUUUGACGGCUGUGGAAGGGUUUCCAGACGGUCCCAAUAGCUUCCAGGGGAAGAGGUUAAAGACUCGGGUGGUUCUUUUCAUUCUCCAGCAUCGCUCCCUCUGGCUGCAUGCCCUGUCCCCUCCGCCCCCCAUCCCUCCCCGGUGUCGCAUCACCGACCCACGGCCGCACCGCCUCCGUUCUGCCCAUGGGGACCGCCGAGCAUCGCUGCAUGGAGGUGCCACCGGAGCGGGACGACCGCACUCACUGUGCUUGCUUGGGGCGCCGGCACCAGCGCCGACAUCCGCGACCUCCGCGGGAGCCCUGGCUGCCUCCCCGCCGCUGCUGUGCCUCCCGUGGGGUGAGAAUGCAGCACUGGGCUGCUCCAGCUUUGGCUGCUGCUGGGGAGAGGUGCGCAGGGACGGCGGAGCUGUGCUGCAGGAGUUGGGGGACGCAGGAGGAGCGCACGGAUGGAGCGCUUGGAGGAGAUGCACCUCGGGGAUGCAGCGUGGGCCACCACUGUGGUGUCAGCAGAGGCUGAGCCACGGAGCUCUGCGUUUCCCAUCGUGCCUGGAGCUGCUGUUUGCCUCCUGACGACACUGUGUAGAAACCCAUCGCUCCGGAUGCUUCCCUGCAGCUGCUUCACAUGGAGAGGUGUCUGAGUGCUGGAGGAGCUGCAGUGGGGCCCAUUGCCAUCCCCACAGCUGAGCCCCAUCGUGGGCUCCCAGCACAGCCCAGGUGGGGCUCCGGCAACUCCGGCCCUAUGGCCUCUACCCACCACUGGGGGACCCCGGGAGCCGACUGCUGUCCCACCCACCCCUUCCCAGUCCUGCUGGGUGGAAUAAGCCAUAUUCCUGUUGCUGGCAGCGGCACUGGUUGGGUAAGAACUCUGGGCUCUCUGGAUCCAAUCCCCUGAGCUGGGAAGCUGAUGGCCCUGCCCAGUUCAGCCCGGUCCUUACUGGGGCACAGUGUGUCCCUGUGUCCCCGUGCAGCUCUCCCCAGCAGCUUCGUGCUUGCUGCUCUGCUUUGCUUUCCUGCACCCCAGGUCUUGUGCCAAAGGUCCUGGUGGGAGGAGCUCCUUGGAACGUCCUCAGCACGCGGAGUUUGGCACUGUUAGGCUAUGAAAGGAGGCAUUUGGAAGAGAAGGCUUGCAGCAGAGAAGCAGAGCUUCGGGAUGCAGUGGGGAAGCCCCAGGCACUGGGAUGCUGCUGGCAGUCUACACCUGGUGUCUCCAUGCCAGCACCCCAUGCCCAGGGAUGAUGUGCCAAAGCUGAGCUCCCUCUGAGGCCAUUGGAUGCUUCAUCCUGGGGGGCACUGCCCCUCCCCAUCCAUUCCAACUGGAGGCAGAGGAACUCGGUGGUGAGGGACAGUGCAGCUCGGGGGGUGCAGCCCCUGCCCCAGGGGGGGACACCUCCGUCCUCAGCAUGGUUCAGGGUUCUGAUAGCCACGGCCCUGGUGUGCUGGGGGGGAGCGCCCUGCCCUGAGCUGGGGGUGGGACUGGAGACCCCAAACCGCUGUCCCACAGCUGGGCUCCACGUGCUGGGGCUGGGAGCGGUGGUUCCCUGGCUUUGAUUCGUUUCUGCUCCUAAUGGAUGUGUCAGGGUGUGAACACGGCUCUGUAGUGCAGGGAGGAGAAAUCUCGGGGUGGCUUUACUGAAUGGGAGUGUGGGGCAGCAGCAGGAGCCCCCCCAGCACAGACCCAGAGCCCCGGCGUCCCAUUGGGAGCAGCAGAGGAGCGCAUGCUGCACACACACACACACACACACACACACACACACACACACACGUGCACACCCCCCCCCGUGCCCCAUGCACACCCCCCGCCCGCUCCCCAUCCCUGCUGCACUUUGCAAUUUCCAUUUGGACUCUUUAUGCCUCGGGGCGGGGGGGGAGGAAACUCUGACUUUAAUACAUGAUACGUCUUUCUUUAUUCUUAAUUUUAAUAAUAAUAAUGGUAUAAUAAACGGACAAACCACCGGCCUACAAAAGCCAUCUGCGCUGCCUCUGCCCCCCCCGCUGUGUGCCGGUAUCUGUAUGGAGGCGCCCAUUGCUGUACAUAACCACGAGCAGUGCAUGAGCCCCGCAGCAUGGCCGGCCGUGCCCGAGCAGAGCAGUGCGGGCGACGGACAAAACUCAUUGCCUGAGUGCCCCCCCGACCCCCCCCCCCCUCCAAAAA